AGUUUCAGCACCGGAGAGAAUUUAGCUGCGACCCGUGUACCAUAAAUAGCACAAAUUUUCUGAAGUGUUGAAGAUUUGGAGUCAUGCUGAUUUUUUCGUCUAGUCUCCGUAAAAUUUGUGGUUUUCUGCCAAAUCGCUGUGGCUUUAAAUAACUAUUUUCAAACCUCAUAUCUCUCAGGAAAUGCAUGAUAAAAGCCUUGUUAUUACAUAUAAACUCAAUAUCCCCAUUUUAUUUUACACUUUAAAGACGUUAAAAGGUGUGCCAGUCUGGUCGUAGUUUGAGUCGCUACCUUUUCAAAAAUCCAAAGUGGUCCAUUUUUGUACAAAGGUGACGUUUUGCAAAACUAAAUAUACACGCGGCCAUUGCAAAUGACGGAACUUCACUUUUUGCAAUAUAAAAGCUUAAUCUAAUACUUGAAAUAAUACUGUGUUUCUUCAGAGACAGAGCAAUUUGGAGGACUGAUGAUCAUAAUUGUUAACUCUGUUUUAGUGGAGAAACUCAAGAUUUCAUUAAGGUUUGCUGUUGAAACAUUACCAAUGAUAUCGCUUGUAAUUGUAUUUUAGAUCCUUUAUUGAAUUUCCACAUUUUACGCAACACUGUCGGGAUGACAGAAUUGUUUGCAGAUGCAUAAUUAACUGAAGAUUACCGAUACACAGGAGAGAUCUCUGCUGUACCUGCUUUGACGCUACGUGUUUUUCAGACUUGAUACACCACAUUCACGUGACUUAUACUUACCCUUUUGUUUGCAAGAUUAUCGAUAUUUUCAGACUUGACUACCCCCUCACACGGUUUUCUGAAUCCUCCUCUUCAUUGCAGAUGGUUUUGCAGCUAUUUAGUCCACGGGAAACCAAACUACAUGACACAGGGGAGUCACCAUUAUUAAAGAAAGUAAGAAGACGCUUGUCCUUGCAGGCAUCUUUUUUCCGAAGCAAAUUGCAUUUUGAGGAAAUUAUUUUUGGAAUAUUCAUUUAAGGGCACAGGCUACUUCUGAAGAAGAAGAUUUUAUUGCACGCUCAAUAUCAGAAAUAUGUCCCUGUGCAGAAGUUUUUGCUUUUUUGAACACGGUGCCAUGACGAACAAGUUUCUUCAGCAUAUCACAAGGUUCACAGUGAUUGCGGUUGUAGUUCACAGCAUUCGCAUAACAGCUGGAACGUCAUUAUCUGACAAUGUGAUAUAUGCAAAAAUUGGAGAAGAUGCAACCCUGAGGUGCCCCUUUGAGGAAGGCCAUGAGUCUGUGCUCAUUCAGUUGGUUUAUCUUAAAGAUGAUGAUAGUCAAGUUCUAUGCCUCUACGACCACAAAGAAAAGAAGGUAGAGGAAUGUAAUAAAAAUUUUUGCAAUCGAAGUGAAGUUUCUGAAAAGACUGGACAAGUAUUAAUCAAAAUUAAGCAAGUGAAGCUUAGUGACAGUGGAAAAUAUAAUUGCAAAAUCUUAAAUGGUCGUCUUUCAAUUGUCACAAUGGAACUGAAAGUCUCAGAAACUUCACUAUCUGUAAUAUAUGCAAAUAUUGGAGAAGAUGCAACCCUGAGCUGCCCCUUUGAGGAAGGCCACGAGUCUGUGCUCAUUCAGUUGCUUUAUCUUAAAGAUGAUGAUAGUCAAGUUCUAUGCCUCUACGACCACAAAGAAAAGAAGGUAGAGGGAUGCAGUCAAAAUUUUUGCAAUCGAAGUGAAGUUUCUGAAAAGACUGGAAAAGUAUUAAUCAAAAUUAAGCAAGUGAAGCUUAGUGACAGUGGAAAAUAUCAUUGCAAAAUCUUAAAUGGUCAUCUUUCAGUUGUCACAAUGGAACUGAAAGUCUCAGAUGUUGGUACAACUAUGACUUCAGGGCCACAGGUAGUGGAUACAGCACUAGAACUUCAAUUGAAGAAUCAACACGGAAUGACUACUGAACAAGAUAAGCAAGACAAUAAGAAAAGAAGUCAUAUAAUAGUUAAAAUUGUGAUUCCAAUUAUUAUGGCUAUUACAGCUGCUGCAUUUGUUUUAUCCAUCAUUAUACUACGCAUGACAAGACUUUUAAUAAAAGAUUCAAGGAGGCUCUCCCAUGUCUAGCCACCGUUCCUUGUCGUGAUCUUCAACGAGGUGAUUUUGCCUAUUCCAACACGUCUUUGUUUAGAACUACAGUGGAACGGACCUCAUCUCAUUCUCCUAUGAAGAGAAAAAACUGGAAGAUACUACUUUAAUAUACUCUUAUUUUAAAGCUAUUGCAUCAGUUACAUUUAUUUUUGUUAUUUAUAAGACAAGAACAGUUGACUCUUAGAGUUCAUUAAAAUGUAUCAAACAAAUGGCAAAUGCUUUUGGUAAGCCUUUAACCUUGAAAGGAAGUUGGGUACUUUAUAUUUGUACUGCAUACGUCUGCUGAAAGAGAAACACACAAACCAUGUCAAGAGUCAAGCACGAGAAGAACUCUCCUGUAUACAUUAUGAGAUUCAACAAGUCACUUGUCCAGAUUGUGCUCCUUUGUUGCCCCUGAAAAGGGACAUCUGCAUCACAGUGGGCUUACCUGUGCAAUGAAUGUGUAUAAAAAAUGGCUAUUGUGAGGGCAUAUAUGAGAACACACACAGAAUAGUCCUUAAUGAGCAGCUCCACAUGUGUGGUUCCCUCAAGUAACUUAUUUUUCACCCUAAAUUCUUUAUGCAUAAUUAUUUACCUGCAUGUGAUUAGAAGAAUCACAAUAUACUUUUGCUUGUAAAUCCUACAAUGAUCAGGAUGACUGUAUGCAAAUAGUAAUCACUUGUGUCCUUUUCAAAUGAUUUUCCUCAUGCUUGGACAAUGUGCAGUGUAAAUACAAAUGAACAGCUGAAAAAUAUGACAUUACACUACUGAAUACCAUUGAAGUAUAUGUGAAAAGGUCACAUACCAUUGCAUCACUUUCAAGUCUAAAGGUGUUGGAGUGCAGGCAUAACUAUACAGAAUGGUACUCAGUCGGCAUUGCAGCAAACUCCACAUAUGUGAGUACAAUAAUCCAUUACAACAUACAGAAGUAACGGAGGAUGCUUAUAUUACUUACUGUAUUUCAAAAUCAUUCCCUUGAAGACACCACUGACAGCCUCAUUUGUGCAACUGAUGGCAAAGUAUUAACACAUGUAAUUAUAUUUUGAGGUUUUGAACUUAGAAUGGGAGUUCAUGGUAGUCUAUGCUCCUCUGUGCCAGGCAUACUAACAGUCUGAUAAGAUUCAGAGUAGAUUUGUGUUAUGUUAAUGUUUUAUGUCAUGAUUUAUGCAGGUGUUGUAAUAAUUGCAGUAAAGUAAUAAUUAUAUGGUUAGUAUAGGUGCAUAGUGAGUCAGCAGUCUUAUCUGGGCACUUUUUAUGUAAUUGUAAAUGUUAAGUUGUCAAUCUCGCCUUCAUUCUUGCUGGAUGGGUUCGGAGCUGAACCUCAGCUCCGACUCGGCCGAAUACUAAAGCUCGAGAGCUAUUUUUACCGGCUCGAGGCUGUCCUAUGUCCCAUAAUGCUAGGCGUAAUAUACCCAGAUCUCGUUUGCCGCUUCAGCUACGAGGUUGCGUUUUUCACCGGCUCCAGGUCGUAUAUUUUUUAUUAAUAGCUUAGAGAUAGUUUUCUGUCAGAUUUUUUUUCCUAUUUUAUCCCUUUAGUGUUAGUGAAGUUAGUGACUAGUUUCCCCCCCCUUUUAGUUGCUAAACUCCCCCCUUUUCUCCACCCUUAAGAUAGUUGGGCCUUUGAUGCUCCCCCUUAGUAGUACAGUUUUCCCUUAGUUGUUCUGUGUGUGUGUGUGGAAUUCUGUCCCUCUGUCUAGCGGUAGUUUUCCCCUUUUUUCCUGCUUAUAGUAAUUGUGAUUAUACAUUAGUGUAGUGUGUAUAUAUUGUCUUAUUUUUUAUUAUGUCUAAGGAUACUAAGGUAUCAGGUUUCAAGAAGUGUGACUCGUGCUGUCAGAAGAUGUCUCUUACAGACGGUCACACUUCUUGUGUGUAUUGUUUGGGCCCUCUGCACCUGCAGGACUCUUGUUCCAUCUGCCAUGCUUUUAGCCCUAGAGUCCUGCAGGAGCGCAUAAAUAAGCUCAUUCUUAGUGGCUUGUUAAAGCCUGAAGGUUCUCCGACUAAGACCAUGACUGGAAAACCUCAAAAGCCUGCCAUAUCAUCGGCUCCAUGUUCGGAGCCGGCGCCGAGCGGUACUCUUGCUGCCUCGUAGGUUCCGACCAGAACCGAGGCACCUAGACGUCAGUCGGCUCCGACCUUAGUGUCGGAGCCAUCCCCGAGCAGAAAGCACUCCAGGUCUUCGUCUCUCAAGUCGGUUAGAUCAGCUCCGAAGUCUCCUCUGUUGUCGGAGUGGAGCCAUAGAUCUCAUUCCUCUAGGUCUUCCAGGCUUUCGGACCAUGACCUCGAGAGGGUAGUCAGCCAGCUUAUGAAGUUGCAGGCACUGGCCCAGUUGCUACAUAGCCCAUCUCAACAAACAGGGGCUACCCCUACACCUGCACAAGUUCCUCCUCCAACUACUUUGCUGAGUUCGGAGCCGGAGGUCAUCAAAGUGAGUACUGUGGGGGUGUCGGAACUGAUCCCUCUGUUGUCGGUUCCUUCAUCGGCUCCGAUCCCAUCCUUGGCUCCGUCCUUGGAGGGAUCCGGGCGCCGAGACUCCGUGGACG